UUCAGUUCGUAGCCUAGUCAACCCGACGUGGCAACAGAGUAAUCUAGUCUCCACACAGAAAGUCGGUACGUCGCCGUCACAAGACAUCUGCUGAGAGAGAAACUCAGGCAUACCUAUAAUCAUUUAUCUGAAGCCGAGCACAGUUUCUCCAGGCAUCUCUCCUAAGUGCGUGCGUGCGUGCGUGCGUGUGUGUGUGUGUGUGUGUGUGUGUAGCCCCUCGGCUCCAUGACGGGACUGUGUGCGCUCUGUCUGACCGCGUUGCUCGCAGCAUUCGCCCGGCUGGCCGACAGCGUCAGCCCCGUGGUACGCUGCGAGCCGUGUGACGACGGGGCGCGUUUGCUGUGUACGCCGCUGCCCCCGGACUGCGAGCAAGUAAAGGAACCGGGCUGCGGGUGCUGCAUGACGUGCGCGCUGAGUGAGGGCGAGGCGUGCGGAGUGUACACGAGGCGCUGCGGUACCAGGCUGAGCUGUCAACAGCGCCCAGGGGAGAGCAAACCGCUGCAGGCUCUGCUGGAGGGACGGGGCGUGUGCGCAAAAGCACCGAACAAAACUACGGCGCAUCCACAGGCACACGAUAACCCUGAGGUGGAAGUAGAGGAGUCUAUCUCUAAUGGUACCAAGGCAACAGGAUCCAAAGGGGCAGAGAUGGUCCAGCAGACGGUAGUCAUAUCCGGGGACAUGCAGGGAGUGCCAGGGAUAGUGCACUCAAAACUAGGAUUGAUCCAAAAAGAACAAACCAAGAAAACUCAGACCUAUAAAUUCGAGCAAGUUUCCAGCAUGGUCCAUACAGAUUUUCACAACUUUAGUCUGGAGUCGAAGAGAGAAACUGAAUAUGGACCAUGUCGCCGGGAGAUUGAGAGUGUUCUGAACAUUUUUAAGAUCUUAAAUGUGCUGAACCCAAGAGGCUUUGGCAUUCCAAACUGUGACCAAAGGGGUUUCUACAAGAAAAAACAGUGUCGUCCAUCCAAGGGGCGCAGAAGAGGUUACUGCUGGUGCGUGGACAAGUACGGACAGCCUCUACCAGGCUUCGAUGGCAAAGAAAAAAGUCAAGUACACUGCUAUCACCUGGAGAAGAAGUGAGGGAGAGACAGAAUGGUGGAAACAUGGAGAGAAAGAAGGAUUUCUCCCCUGAAGAACUGCAUGAAUAUCACGUCAAGGGUGUGGAGGGAGAUUUUUCAAGGUGCUGUCCCAAAGCUGACCUCCACACUUGUAUGCUGAGGCAUGGACUCAUGUGACUGACAAGUCACUUUACACUUCAGGGGAGUGGGGAGAAAUAGAGAGUGUGAUCUUUACUAUUUGUGUUUUUCUGUAUCCCAAGAGGGAAGUGUGGACAAAAUACAAGCAAAAUUCAACUCGCUAACAAAAUCCAGCCCUCGGUAACAAUAUGUUAAGUCUGAGCAUAUGCACUCUUGUGUAUGUGAGGGAUGCUUUUGUACUCAUGCUAUGUGCAUUUGAGUGUGUAUAUGUAGCUGACCCUAUCUCUCCUGCUACAGGGUGUAUUUCUCAUUGCCAUAACUAUCAGCAGUUCUCUCUUAGUCCCACUUCCUAUUUAUGCCCUCCUGGUGUAGCGUCAUUUAAAUUUGGCAUGCUCAGUGGCACUAGGCAGCUCUUGCCAUCAACUCCAUCUGAAGCACAAGCACUUCAUGCACUUUGGCCCCUCAUUGAAUGCGUACUCCAGCCUUUUACUAUGGCCUUGGCACGCAACCAAACAUGGUUCAAUACAAAUACUUGUUCAAAAAGAUGAUCUAUAGAGAAAUUUUACCAAUGAUGAUUUAAUUUGUAAAUUAUUCUAUACCAGGACAUACUCUGUUUUUUGUGUUUGUUUUUAAGAAAAAAGUUAAAUGCCAAUAUCUCUUUCUGUUUCAUUAUUUUGUAUCUACCAUAUAUAUAUUUGUAUGAACGUGUGGUUUAUACCCAAGUAAUGCAUCUAAGAGCUGUUGUCCUACUGGUCUUAUAUUCAGUAUUUGGGACUGAGUCAGGGCUUGGAAAGCAUUGAAAUGGGCCCUAAAAUGUAUCCACAAGCACAUUAUCUCACCUGAAUUUCAAAACAUCAUGGAGCACACUUUGAAUAUAAGAUUGAUGCUCCAGAUUCAUCAGUAUGGCCAUCAUUGUCCUUCACAUUUCUAGGCCUUUGCUGAAAGCAUGUUACGCUAUGUCUUUUUUAAGGGUUUGAAUGUAACUGUAACGCUACAGUGCCCUGAAUUGACACAGCAAAAUCAGUGUGGUCUGACACUUUUGAUAUUAAUGCCUUAAUGAACCCAUGCAGAAAUGUGUCUGUUAUUGGUGAGGGUUGUUUCACCCUGUCUCUCUAAAUAUUAGGAAAGCCACAGUCCAACAUAGCGGCCAUGUAAGACAACUGAUUUUGAAUUACAUGGCUUGUGUUGUUGUCUCGAAGCUGAGCUACUGAGAAAAUACUUAAAAGGUGGAGGGUGCCAGAGAGGUAGCCCACACAUUAGCUCAUUAGCAUAGCAUUAGCUAAAAGCUUAACCCCCUCCCGAACAGCUAAACAAAACAGACAAAAAAAAAGACUGAACAAACAAAUGUUCGGUGCUACACCAUAUCUGACUUGAUUAUGGGGAAAGAGCAUGAAUGCUUAGCUAUUUGCCCCUUCCUUAACUUGUACUUGUGUCUUUUUUUAAAUGAAUAUAUAUUUUGUUUCAGGCCAGCUAAAUGUCUAAAGAGGCAUGUGAUUCUAAAAAGAUAAGAGGUUAUUUAUCCAGGAAAGCCAAGAAUGAAAUAUAAGCUGAUCCAAACUAUAUGUCUUUGAAAACAAUUCAAUGACCUGUUCAUUGCACAGUAGUUAAUACAUAGAACUCAGUAUGUUUUGGGGAAUAUAAUCACUAAAGUAUUUUUUGUUGUAGAUUUGUUGCAAGGAGAACGAGGACAAAUUUGUUAGCUUAGCAAAGAUGCUGUCCUCAUUUGAAUUGUUCGCUAGUUUGAAUCUUCAGGUUUUGUAGACCUUUCAAUAGUAUGAAUUAAGCUAAAUCUUUAGCUAACCGUAAGCUAAACUAAGCUAAAGCAAAGUGAACGCUAAGAUUAAGUAGAGCUGAGGCCAAGCUUAUGUUUUGAAGAACAUCAAGGUCAAUGUUCAAGCUAGUUGAUCUUUGAAAAAGCUUGCCACUGUCAUUCUAUGCAAUGCCAGGGUCACUUCUUGCCCACAAGUCACUUUUAAAGAUCUCUCUGUU